AGUCUGAAUUCGUCGUGCUCGCCCGCUUGGAUUCCCGUCACGCCAUCUGAGAGACAACACUCGCGUGGCGUCAACUGAUAGUCUUCGCCAUUCAGCACGAUGUGGAGGACGAGGUAGACAUGGAUGCUUCUGAAGAAGCUGAAGAUGACAAGCUAGAUGAUGACUCAUUUUACAUUCGACCACCACCUUGCUGGUCUUACUUUAAUAUCACAGCAAAACGUGCGCACUGGGCUGAGGUCCUUUUGCGCGGAAGAGACGUCACACAGUUCCGCCACCAUGUCGCGGAGCUUCCUUGGCAAAACUAGAAGACUAGUGCCGCUAUCGAAAUAAAAGCCCUCUUCAACUCCGCAAGCUUCGCCAGGGAAGUUGAAGCGUGC